GUCUGUUUUCUUUAUCCACUCUUUUCUGUUGCGUUGUUGUUGCUGUCGGUCGUUCUGUUUCAGUGCUUCAUUAGGAAAACUUCACGAUUAACAGACACUUUUCCGGUAUUUCAGGGAACCACCGAAAACACGAGCAUGCUGUGUACGGGACAUUACGGAUGGCAGUCAUUUAGAAAAAGGACACAUCACUCGAGAGAAACGAAUAAAAUUUAAUAGUUUUUAAAAGCAGUUAAGAAUUUAAAAAUUUACAUUUAAAUGGAUUGGGAUUUGGUUUGAGGUUUGAAAAUAGUUAUGUAGUGCACCGGGUGCCCAAGUGGUGUAUUUGAAGUACCUACGUUGCACCUAAUAAAUGAACUACCAAAGGCAAAGUUAACAGAAACCGCAUUAACGUUAACGUAACGUAAUCAGCAGAGCUGCACGGCAGCUAUCGACCAUUUGUCAUCUCUAUUCUGCGCACCCACUGCGAACUUUAUUUUCCUGGAAUUAUUAUCAAAUAAGUCAAAUUGCGAGAUGUUGGGCCGCAGCAGUGUGAUUGCACGCAACUUUUCCCAGUCGAUGGUUCGCUUUAGCGGACAUGGUGGAGUUCCCGGAGAGAAUCUUCCCUUCGGGCUGACGAACAAGUACCGCAUCACCGCCCUGUUCACCAUCGGCUGUGUCUUGGGCUUCGGAUCGCCCUUCCUGAUCGUCAGGCACCAACUGCUCAAGAAGUAAGGGGCUCCCCUGGCGACAGCAACAACAAAUGUAAGAUGUAGCGUUAUCUGCUGAGUUGGCCGGCAGGCCAUUACAGUGUGUUACAGCUUAAAUUUAAGUAAAAAGUGGAAACGAAAUAAAGUUACCCGUGACCGUAGAACCG